AUGGCGUUUGCGCUGCUGCGCCCGGUCGGCGCGCACGUGCUGUAUCCGGACGUGCGGCUGCUGAGCGAGGACGAGGAGAACCGCAGUGAGAGCGACGCGUCGGACCAGUCGUUCGGGUGCUGCGAAGGGCUGGAGGCGGCGCGGCGCGGCCCGGGUCCCGGGGGCGGGCGACGGGCAAGCAGCGGCUCGGGCCCGGUGGUAGUGGUGCGGCAGCGACAGGCGGCCAACGCACGCGAGCGGGACCGCACACAGAGCGUGAACACGGCCUUCACCGCCCUGCGCACGCUCAUUCCAACCGAGCCGGUGGACCGAAAGCUGUCCAAGAUCGAGACGCUGCGUCUGGCGUCCAGCUACAUCGCGCACCUGGCCAACGUGCUGCUGCUGGGAGACUCGGCCGACGACGGGCAGCCGUGUUUCCGCGCGGCGGGCGGUGGCAAGAGCGCGGUCCCCGCCGCCGACGGCCGUCAGCCGCGCUCCAUCUGCACCUUCUGUCUCAGCAACCAGCGCAAAGGGGGUAACCGUCGUGACCUUGGGGGCAGCUGCUUGAAAAUGAGGGGUGUAGCCCCCCUCCGAGGGCCUCGGCGAUGA